AAACCUUCAGUACCAUUCCAAUAGCCUACUUCCAAAACUCUCCUCUCUCACCAUAUCCCCUUAUCUUUUCCUCUUAAUUAUGAUAUUUAGGGUUAUCAUUGUUAAUGUUUUUAGUUAAAUUCACCUAUUUUAUGUAAUUAUAAACGGGUGAGUUUAGACAGCAAGAAUUUGGAAGAAAAAGAAUAGAAAGAAGAAAAAUGAUCAUGGAAAGCAAUAGAUCAUCAGCUCAAACGACACAUCCAACACUGUUCAUAUUCAUGUCGUUGAUCUUGUUCUCCACUAGUAUCUCCGCUCUGCAUGGCGAUGAUGAACUCGAUCUUUUACUGUCGUUUAAAGCUUCCAUCAACGACCCCUUUAACCACCUAUCCGACUGGUCCUCAUCAUCAUCAUCAGCAGCCAACAACGUUUGUCAGUGGCAAGGUCUCACAUGCAACAACUCCUCCCGAGUCAACUCAAUCGACCUCACUGGAAAGAACUUCACGGGCAAACUCUCGGCAACGAUAUUUCGGUUACCCGCUAUCGAAACGGUAGACCUUUCGGGGAACCAGCUUAGGGGCGAGCUCCCAGAAGACCUCUUUGGUGGCUCCAAUAUGCUUCGGUACCUCAACUUGAGCAGCAACAAUUUCACUGGACCGAUCCCGAGUGGAGCAAUUUCGACCCUGGAGACACUUGACCUCUCAAACAACAUGCUUAAGGGGACGAUCCCUGAGGACAUUGGCUCCUUCUACCGCCUAACAUAUCUCGAUCUCGGUGGUAACGUCUUAGUUGGAGCAAUCCCGAAAUCUCUUUCAAAUAUUUCUGGGUUACAGUACCUUACUCUGGCUUCGAACCAAUUGAGUGGUGAGAUACCACAAAACUUGAUGAAAACCUUGAAGUUGAUUUACUUGGGUUACAACAACCUCAGUGGCGAAAUUCCUUCACAAAUUGGGGACCUGAAAAAUCUGUAUCAUCUUGAUCUUGUGUAUAAUAAUCUGACAGGAACAAUACCGUACUCGAUCGGGAACCUAACCCAAUUACGGUACCUUUUCCUGUACCAGAACAAGCUCACCGGACCAAUCCCUCGUUCUGUUUUUGAGCUCCGAAGGUUGGUUUCGCUUGACCUCAGUGAUAAUUUUCUCGAGAGAGAGAUUCCCGAGGCAGUCAGUCAAUUACGGGACUUGGAGAUUCUUCAUCUUUUCUCUAACAAACUUACCGGUACGGUUCCGUCCGGUUUGGCUUCGCUGCCUCGGCUUCAAGUGCUUCAGUUAUGGUCUAACGAGUUAUCGGGGGAGAUCCCACGAGACCUCGGAAAACGAAACAAUCUCACAGUUUUGGACCUAUCGACUAAUCGUCUGUCAGGGAGAAUACCAGACGGGUUAUGCGAUUCUGGCAGGCUUUUCAAGCUCAUUCUCUUUUCUAAUUCUUUCCAGGGAAUUAUUCCUAAGCGUUUGACUCAGUGCAAAAGCUUACGACGAGUUCGUCUCCAGAACAAUCUUCUCUCCGGCGAGUUAUCGCCUGAGCUUGCAAAAUUUCCCUUGGUCUACUUCUUGGAUAUCUCCGGCAACAAUAUCUCCGGCAGAAUUGACUCCCUGGAAUGGAAUAUGCCUUCACUUCAAAUGCUGAAUCUGGCCAGAAACCAAUUCUUUGGGAAAUUUCCGGAAUCAUUCGGGAGCGAAAAGCUCGAGAACUUAGUCUUAUCGGAUAAUCACUUAUCAGGAGAAAUUCCGACGAGUUUUGAAAACUUUUCGAGGCUAAUGCAAUUGGAUUUGAGCUACAACAAACUCUCCGGUCAAAUACCCGGAGAAUUGGCUCUCUGUGAAAGAAUGGUGAGCUUAGACCUCAGUCACAACCAGCUAAUCGGUGAAAUUCCAGCUAGUAUCACCGAAAUGCCAGUUCUUGGUUUUCUCGAUUUAUCGGACAACCAAUUAUCGGGCGAAAUCCCUCGGAAUCUCGGCCAAGUUGAGUCACUCGUGCAAGUCAACGUUUCUCACAAUCAUUUCCACGGCAGUUUGCCGCCUACCGGAGCAUUCCUCGCCAUAAACGCCAGCUCCGUCGACGGAAACGAACUCUGCGGCGGCGAGAUUGUCACCAGCGGCUUACUGCCAUGUGAGAAAAGUAUCAAGAAACAUUUCACGUGGAGGCUCUUCCUCACUUGUUUUUUCAUCUCUUUGACGGCUCUCGCCAUAGUUAUUUCUGUCGUCUUUGUUUUAGUCAUCAUUCAUCGCAAGCGAAAGGAUCUGGAGCUGAAAAGAGUGGAAAACGACGACGGAUCAGUCUGGGAAGUGCAGUUCUUCGAUUCCAACAUUGCUAAAUCUGUCACACUGAACGACGUCGUUUCGUCCGCUAAAAGAGGAAACAACGUACUUAAUUCGUUGGGACGCAGGAGAGGGAUAACGUACAAAGGGAAGUCGAGUAUUAACAGCACUGAGUUCGUGGUGAAGGAGGUAAACGACAUUAACUAUUCCGUUAUUGGGUCGAAUUUUUGGUUGGAUGUGAAAGGGUUCGGCAAGAUUAGGCAUCCGAACGUCAUUAAGUUGAUGGGAGUGUGUCGUUCUUCCCAGAAGGCCGGUGGAUAUGUCGUUUAUGAGUAUUGCGAAGGGAAAUUGGUGAGUGAAGUUUUGAGGAGUUUGAGCUGGGAACGACGACGAAAGAUUGCAAUCGGGGUAGCCCAAGCCCUUCGGUUUUUGCAUUGUUAUUGUUCGCCAAAUGUCGUUGUGGGUCAUGUUUCGCCCGAUGAAAUUGUCGUCGACAAUAAUGAUGAGCCUCGCCUGAGUUUGAACCUUCCUGGACUACUGCUGUGUUCUUCCAACUCUAAAGGUUUCACUUCUUCAGCCUACGUUGCCCCAGAAGCAAGCAAAGGAGUGGUAACAGAAAAGAGCGAUGUCUAUGGAUUCGGCCUAGUCCUGAUCGAACUGCUCACCGGAAAAAGCCCUGCCGACACCGAGUUCGGCGUGCACGAGACUUUUGUUGAGUGGGCCCGCUACUGCUACUCCGACUGCCAUCUCGACACGUGGAUAGAUCCUCUCAUCGGAGGACACGUGUCAACUCAUCAGAACCAGAUCGUCGAGACCAUGAACCUGGCCCUGCACUGCACCGCAUAUGACCCCACCGCUAGGCCAUGCGCUAAUGACCUAUACAAAACUCUCGACACUGUGGUGCGGACAGGUUCUUGUGUUUCGGGCCUUAAAGUACUUUCUUCUCUUCUUUAUUAGAUUUUUUUUUCUUUUUUAAUUUUGCUCAGUCUUUUUUUUUUUAUGCUUUUUCUAAAACAUUAAUUAUUAUUAUUAUUAUUUUAAAACUUUUUUUUGGGGGGUCUAUAACAUAUGUCUUACGUUAAUUAACCCCUUAUGUUAGUAGUUUAAUGACAUAAGGUGUUAAUUGAGUGUUACUCAAAUGUUUUGUUUGACGGUAUGGUACUAUUGACAUAGCUCGUGUGUAAAAAUGUAGAUAAACUAAAUGCUCUUUUCUAUACAUACAUAAUUUUAAUGUUUUUUUUA